CACACCCUGCUGGCCCACCCCAUCCGAACUUCGCACUCUGCCGAGGCUGUAGAGCUGCAAACCACCGGCAGCGGCUGCUCCGCCAUUGGCUGCGCCGCGAAGCCGGCUGCGCCCUUAUUGGCUGUCGGCAUCGGCCGUUAGCGGCCGGGCAGGGCGGCAGCCCCGCUGCCGGGGGGAGGAGGGGGAGGGUCGCGGCCGCAGGUGAGUGCGGGGGCCGGGGCCAGAGCGGCAGCACGGGGCUCGGCGUGCGCUUCCAACGGCCGCGGAACGCCAGGCGCGAGCGCCGCGGGGGCGGCCGUUGGGGGCGGCCGUUGGGACGUUGGCCCGCUGCCUGCGCCGCGCCGGGUGGCUGCCGACAGGCAGGUCCUGCCGGUUGCCUCGCCCCGCCUGCGUCUCUCGCCCAGAGCAAAGCGUCGGGCUGGGGGAGUUCGCUUUGAGACUGAUAAUUUCCACCUUCUCUGCUCAAAGAGGGGGAGAAAAUGGAUCUCCUGCCAGAUUCAGCACCCCUGGCUACAAAACUGCAGAACACUCUGGUUCAGUACCACAGCAUCGGAGACAGCGAAUGGCGGAUUGCUAAGAAAACUAAAGAUGCUACUGUGUGGCGUAAACCAUCAGAAGAAUUCAGUGGAUACCUCUACAAAGCUCAAGGAGUGGUGGAAGAUGUUACUAACAGAAUAGUGGAUCAUAUUCGCCCUGGACCUUAUAGGCUAGACUGGGACAGCUUAAUGACUGCAAUGGACAUUGUAGAAACAUUUGAAGAGAACUGCUGUGUGAUGCGCUACACCACUGCGGGCCAGCUCUGGAACAUCAUAGCACCAAGAGAGUUUGUUGAUUUCUCUUACACUACAAACUAUGAAGAUGGGCUUCUAACAUGUGGUGUAAGCCUAGACUAUGGAGAAGUGAGACCUAAUUUUGUCCGUGGAUUCAAUCACCCUUGUGGUUGGUUCUGUGUCCCACUUAAGGACUACCCUCGCCACAGUCUUUUAACAGGUUAUAUUCAGACUGAACUGCGAGGGAUGCUACCACAAUCUGCAGUAGACACUGCCAUGGCUAGUACCCUGACUAAUUUCUACGCUGACCUCAAAAAGGCACUGAAAACGUAGUCAAACCGAUUUAGAAGUCCAUGCGUUUCAUGCAAUCAAAUUACAUUGUAUAGUUUAGCAUAGGUUAGCUACUCAGUUCAGAGGCAAGUAACAUUGUUCCUGAAUGAUACCUGAAGCUUUAUGUAGAGAGAUCCAAACAACUUUACCAAGUACUUUUUGAUGGGAAACCUAGCCGGACUGCACGCAUUCCUAAUUCACAGCACAAGAUUUUGUUUCCUGCUCAGCACUCUCUAGCUGUGCAAGGUAUGGUCUGAACAUAUAAACCCUCUGCUUCCUGGGAGGAUAACACAAGAUGCAAGCCUGGGCUUGAUAAAUGCAGCAUGAAGUCAGCUCUCACCAACAGUACUGAGA